UUUAUAAAAAUUUAGGGAUAUAAGGUAGGCGUGAUUUGAUAUAAAUUCUGGACCGUACCGAAUCUGCAACCAUUUCCCACACUGCCCUCAACCUACCGGUAAUUCUGACAUGAACAGGAUCAUCCUCCUUCUAGGACUGGCAAUUGCGGCCUUCGCCCAAAAUGAUUUUCUGGAGGCACAUAACCAAAUACGGAGACAAGAAAGAGGAGCUGCAAACAUGAAGAUGAUGAGUUGGAGCCCAGAAUUGGCCACUGUUGCGCAGAGGUGGGCCAAUACCUGCCGCGAGGGUCACAACCCACGGAGAAGUAGCAGUAGUUACCGGAACUUAGGAGAAAACAUUUACCGCAGAACAGAUCGAGCCUCUGCUAUUGAUGUAGUAAAGAACUGGUAUUCAGAAAAAAGGCAGUAUAAUUUCAACUAUAACCAUUGUUUUGGCGUUUGUGGUCAUUACACACAGGUUGUGUGGGCUGACUCCGACGCUCUAGGCUGCGGGGUGGCCUAUUGCAGGAACCUCUUUGGGGGCCGAGGAGGUUACAACUACGUCUGUAACUAUGGACCGGCGGGUAACUGGAAUGGUAAAAAGCCGUACAUCGCUGGACGCCAGUGCAGUCGCUGUCCCCGGGGAUAUAGGUGUCAGCACGGACUGUGUGCAAAGUCAGUCUGGAAAUAGAUUUAUCUUGGCAAUAAAUUAUACAGAAAUACACUUUCUAUGAAUAUCUUAUGUACAAAAGUUUUAUUUACACUAUAUAAUACUAAAGCGUAUUAGUGCCACAUCGUGAACUUUUUUAUUUUAAAUUCCAACUUUUAAUCUUUGGAUUUCCAACUUUAAUCUUUGAAUUUUCAACUUUAAUCUUCUUUUGAUAUGUUAUAAAUUUUUCAAUUUCAGACAAAUGACUUUAAAUAAUAGAUCUUUAUCAACGUCAUAUUGAUAAAGACACGAUAGAAAUAUACAAAUUGCAAGGUUUUGUUUUGAUGUUAAUUGUCUCUUCGUGAGCUUCUUUCUAAUACUACAUUUGAUUAACGGCACCCUCUUGUUUUACAUAUUAGGAUAGCGUUUAUUUGAGUCAAAAUUAUUUCGAUAUUUGGUAUUCAAUACUUUA